AUGGCUGGACAGUCGAAAGAAGCUUCGAUUCCUGCCUGGGGACUGGCAGUUGCUGGAGCUACAGGUGCUGUUAUUGCCAACGCUCUAGUAUAUCCUCUAGACAUUGUCAAGACUCGUCUGCAAGUCCAAGUAAAGCUCAAGCCGACCGAUGCACCGUCGACAGUCAUCGAAGACCCGCAUUACACUUCGACCUGGGAUGCAAUUACUAAGAUAGUCGACGAUGAUGGAUUUCUGGGCCUGUACAACGGAAUUAACGGCGCUCUCAUCGGCGUCGCAUCCACGAACUUCGCAUACUUCUACUGGUAUUCCGUCGUCCGCACGUUGUACAUCGCUCGGCAGAAAACGCCGACGCCGCCCAGCACGAUCGUCGAGCUGUCGCUAGGGGCUGUUGCAGGAGCUGUAGCACAGGUGUUCACGAUUCCCGUGGCAGUCAUUACGACUCGCCAACAGACACAAAAGAAGGGCGAGCGCAAGGGCAUGCUUGAUACUGCGAAGGAUGUUGUUCACAGUGAGGAUGGAUGGACUGGGCUUUGGAGGGGCUUGAAGGCUAGUCUGGUGCUAGUUGUUAACCCGGCCAUCACGUAUGGAGCAUAUCAGAGAUUGAGGGAGGCUAUGUUUCCUGGGAAGCUGAAUUUGAGACCCGGAGAGGCUUUCUUGCUCGGAGCGAUCUCCAAGUCCUUAGCGACGAUCGCAACACAACCCCUCAUCGUUGCCAAAGUCGGCCUUCAAUCCAAGCCCCCGGCAUCCAGAAAUGGCAAGCCGUUUAAAAGCUUUGUUGAAGUUAUGCAAUUCAUUGUCCAGAAUGAAGGAUUGCUUGGUCUCUUCAAGGGCAUCGGCCCCCAGAUUACAAAGGGUCUCUUGGUACAAGGUCUUCUCAUGAUGACCAAGGAGCGUAUGGAAUUGAUAUUUAUCCUUCUCUUCCGCUACGUACGGAAGGUUAGAGGCGAGAGGCUCGUAAAGCUGGCGGAUCUUGCUGCUGCAAAGGCGAAAGAGACUUUACCUAUUGUCACAAAAUAG